UCUUCACUUCGCCCCCACUCGGUCACUCGCUCGCUCAGUCGCUCGCUCGCUCCCUCGCUUUUCCUCCUCCGCCGCCGAUCGGAGCGCAUUAGGGCGAAGUUCGGCCCGCGAUCUCGCCCACGCCACCUCGCGCGGCGGCGAUUCGCGCGUCGUUUUCCUUCCCGCCCCCCCUCUCCCUUCUCCUUUUCCGGCCGCUGUUCCGCGAGGUGAUUGUUUGGAGCGGUUGGUAGGCCCGCUUGGUCGGAGCGCUUUUCGCUGUCUCUUCGCCCCCAUCAUUGCGAGGCCUCCUCCUCCCCCUCCUUUUUCUUCUUCGGCGUACGGCGAGAUGAUGCGCUGGACAUUGUAAUAUCGGGAUCAUGUUGCAUGCAGCAGCGAAGCAAACCUCUUUUGCUAUGGACGAGCAUGAGAACAUUUUCGCUUCUGGCUUUGCCGGGGUUGAUAAGCAUGUAUCCUUCCUCACUGCCUUUGAAGAUGAAGAUAUGGGAGCAGAGCAUUCCUUUUUGGGUCCUGAAUGUGGCAGGGACAUAACCAGUACCCAUCUUGGUUUGGGCACAUUCGACUUACCAAAGUGCUUCAGUAUUGAUAAUAUUUCAUGUGCUUUUGAUGAUGAUGAGAUGACAGUUGACAAUGUGGCUGCUACAGUUGUUGCUGGUGAGCAGACAAAGACCGGGCUUUUUGGUGAAAUGCUUGAACCCAAAGGCGAGAAGAUACUCCACGAGGACAAAUGUUGCCAACCUGCCGGCGGACAGCAUUUUAUGGAUACUGAAUACAUGGAUGACGUGUCAAACAUCAUUUGUUUUCCAUCCGAAGACUCUCAUCUGCAAGGAACUCUGGCUUUACAAAGUGAGCUGACAGUUCUCAAUGGACGAGCCUGUUCUACCGCUGCAGCAGCAACUGAGUCCACAUCAUGUCAGAACUCUGUGUCAUUAGACCAUAUGACUGUUCGAGAGCUACAGGAUGCCUUCCACAGUAUAUUUGGACGAGAAACUGUAGUCAUUGACAAACAGUGGCUGAAGCAUCGUAUUUUAUUUGGUUUGCACAACAACAUUGAGUUGGAUAGACCUUUGAAUUUUACGUGUUGUGGUAGCAUUUCUCAUGAAAAGGAAGACAAAAGCACAGUUGCUUCUGGUACUGAGUCCUCUGAAAAUGCUCCUAGUUCUCCUAAAUGGAUGUUGGAUGGUGGUUUUAAGAUGGAAGAGAAAAUCAAAGGGAGUAGUUCCGAUUCUCAAACAAAUUACUCUUCUGGGGCUAGUGAAUCUGAUGUUACUUUUCAUGGUAAAGAAGAAAAUGAAGUGGGUGUACUUGUAACGGGAAAGAGAGUCCACAAGCCGCCACGAAGGUAUAUUGAAGAAUCUUCAGAGUUUAAGUCUAGAAAUCACCCUAGAAGGUCCAGCGUAUCUGUUAAAAGUCCAAAGAGUAAAGUUGUGGAUGCUAAAAUUCACAAGCAACGUGAGGAGGAGGUGAAUGAAACAGCCAGAUCUGGUCAACAGAUAGGAUCCUUUGAUGGAGCCUGUAUUCAGGUUCCGUUUGGCCUUCCAGUUGAAGAAGGGCAAGCAAAGGGAAAUACAUUGUGUUUGCGCCAGGACUCUGACAUAUGCCCAAAAACUGAAGAUGCCAGUCCGAGUGAGAGAUCUGAUCUGCUGUGUCCAUCAGGUAAGUCGCAAACUGUUAUGAAAGAGGAUCGUGUCAUUAGGAGCAAUAUGCAAAAGGGCAGGAGACGGAGAAAGCAUCAUAUGCCAUGGACUCUUUCCGAGGUGAUGAAAUUGAUAGAAGGAGUUUCUCAUUUGGGAGUUGGAAGGUGGUCUAAGAUAAAGCGGCUGCUAUUCUCAGCAUCUAAGCAUCGCACAUCGGUAGACCUAAAGGAUAAAUGGCGAAAUCUGGUGAAGGCUAGCUGCACUCAGUUGCGGAAAAAGAGGAAGGGCUUGCAAGUAAGAAAGCAACUAUCGCAUCAAGCACCAGAAUCUGUUUUAUGCCGUGUUAAAGAACUGGCCAGUUCCUGCAUAUGACCAUGAGAACACAUGUCCAGGGUCCCAAGAACUUCGUCUUCCAUUAAACUCACAGGAAGCUGCACUACCCUUAUGGUCUCGGAGGGUAUUAAACAGUAACAUCAGUAAAAAUGCAAUCCGUAUGCGAGGUUUGAUAGUGGGUGAGAAUCUAGGAACAGGUCUCUCGUGUCUAUGCUCUUGUACAACGUAUUUAACACUCCUGCUGUGCUGCUGACUCGUCAAGCUGCAUAUUAUACUGAUUAUCAUUGAGAAUGAUAUUGUUAGAGAUGGGUCUCCAUUACAUGAUCA